AUGAAUAAUAACAUCAGGGGUAUGUACGGUUCUGUACACUGGAUGCAAGCUGAGGUGAAACAAUUGCACCCGAAUGGCUGUGGAAUCCAGAGAGCAGGCGACGGCGGCAGAAGUAUUCCGGAACAACUCUGCUCGUCAAACAUGGUGAGAAGGGGGCGGAAGAGUGGUGUAUGUGGGUGCUGGGACGAGUGGACGAAUCGUUAUCCAUCUUACGAAACGGGAGCUCGGGCGCUAUCCUGGAUAACCGUUGGUGUCUCGGCGUUGUCGGCGCCUCCGAGAUCCCGCCCGCAUAUUCUGCCCGCCCCUGGACAGUUUAUCGCGCUUAUGGCUGGUGGAGACGCCGUUAUGCGCAUCGCACAAGAAGGCGCGGAGGAUAAUAUCCACGCCGCUGCGCGGGACCUAGACCCUCUGGCCAUGCGGCCUGAGCUCGACUCACUGAUUGGGAUCGCUGCACCCGGGCGCACGCCGUAUGCGCUCGUCUGCUUGGACACGAGGAUGAAGGCGGGUACGGCGACAAAACUGGUAUUGAACAUGCUGAGCAUAGAGGCUGAUGAUCAGGAGUGGGGAGACAUGGUUGAUCUUGAAGCUUCUAAUCUCGAACUUGAGCAACGGUCUCUAAAUAUCAUUCGCAAGCUGAGCGCAUCCUCGUGCCCGUCUACUGAUGCAGAGCUCGACGCUCUAUUAGCAUGCUGUGAAGGUAGUGUCAAGUUGGCGCUUGCUGCUCUGGCAUUGGAAACAACGCCUGAAGAGGCCCGCAGACGGCUAGAAGCUGCCAAUGGCUGUCAUGCGGGAGUCCUGACCGGCAGGUUAAAACCAGGUGGAAUUACGCCGCAUGAAACGGGACCUCCGUUGGCUAUGUAUGUUGACGGUGGAGGCACCAAAUGCGCAGCGGUGGUGGUUACGCGGGAGGGACGGAUGGCAAAAGGAUACGCAGGACCGUGUAAUGUGUCCCGAGGUGAAAUCGCUGGAAUUCGAAACGACCCCGGUUUACAGCAGUGUGGGUUGGCCUGGCCGGCGGCUUCGGCCUUGGCCGUCACGUCGAUCCGCAGCACAUUCUCCGCCCUAGAUGCGCUUCGAAUGAGGCGCGCUCCAGUACAGAUACCGGUAGAGAGUUUGUCGGAGCUGGACGGCCUGUCAAAGGCCGCGUUGAAACUGUUUAAUCCCACGCCAUCGACAAAUUAUGACCUUCUCAUCAGCGUUCUCGCGGAAACCGAUGAGGAAAAGCUCCACGAUCUGACGUCGAAGCGAAUGAAGCGCAUGCCAUUCCCUCAAGGGCUACAGAGGCUCUGCAAGCGCUUUGAAGCGUCAUCAUCGACCCUGGUCCUGAGCGGGGGUCUGCUGGCGAGCGUGAACGAUGUUCGUCGCAUGAUGCUGCUAAGCAGAAUGGAAGCAGAGGGGAUAGAUUUUGCAGCCGUGCAAGCUGUCAGGAAACCAGCAUUAUAUAUAUAUUGCCAAAGAGCUGGCGCAGAGAAUCCUCGGCUUCAGGGGAUUUUGCUAGCCAGCUACGGAAUAGUCAGUGCAAACCCGGGUUACAGUCGGACCUUGUCGAUCAUCCAGACAAACAAUGUCACAGGCCCCCCAGAAUAUUCUUCCAGCGAAAGAUCCUUAAACCACCAGCCCACAACGAGCUGUCAAAGACUCACUGCCCCCGUUCAACAUCAGCAUUCACUCGAGUGGUCACAGUGGCGGAACGACAGCGAGGUCACACAGACACAAACACACCCCACGUCUAAAGACCAGGGAAGACUCAGGGUAAAACCCUGGAUUCCUGCACGACCGCUAGCGAAGCAAGUAUGUGAUCAAAUCUCCCUUGGGGCUCGUAUUGGCUCGCAAGCUCCGCCCCCAUGGGCUUGUGCUGGUCUCAUUCUCCCACGACGAUAA